AUGACUCUUCUUCGGGAAACAGUAGUCAAAGUGGCAACUGCGGUUUCAGGAUCCAGUCUGGGGCUAACAAAGAAUGAGAAAGAUCGUACUGACAAAGUCGUUGUACAUUCCAUGCCACAUCCGAGUCCAGAAGAUCCUCGAGUCCACUCCACAAUUACCGGCGAAGAUGAAAGCGGAAAAGAAGUGUUCAGGAAACAUGUUGCUUAUGAUCCAAGCAAGGAAGCUUGGCUCACAGUAGGAUGGAUACAGCCGUGA